AUGAGUGUCAUGAAGCUGAGCACAGGCCUUAUUUUAGGAAUCUACACCAGAGAAAAAGAAAAUGAUGUGCCACAGUUUACAAGUGCAGGAGAGACUUUUGAUAAACUGGUGUCUGGAAAGCUGAGAGAAAUUUUGAAUAUAUCUGGACCUCCGCUGAAGGCAGGCAAAACCCGAACCUUUUAUGGUUUGCAUGAGGACUUCUCCAGCGUGGUGGUGGUUGGCCUCGGCAAAAAGGGGGUUGGAGUGGAUGACCAGGAAAACUGGCAUGAAGGCAAAGAAAACAUCAGAGCGGCUGUUGCAGCGGGGUGCAGGCAGGUUCAGGACCUGGAGAUCCCUUCCGUGGAGGUGGAUCCCUGUGGUGACGCGCAGGCGGCUGCGGAGGGAGCGGUGCUUGGUCUCUAUGAGUACGAUAACCUGAAGCAGAAGAAGAAGGCAGUGGUGUCGGCGAAGCUCCAUGGGAGCGGUGACCAGGAGGCCUGGCAGAAAGGGGUCCUCUUUGCUUCUGCGCAGAACCUGGCACGCCAGUUGAUGGAGACUCCUGCCAACGAGAUGACGCCAAGCACAUUUGCCGAAAUUAUUGAGAAGAAUCUCAAAAGUGCUAGUAGUAAGACGGAAGUCCACAUCAGACCCAAGUCUUGGAUUGAGGAACAGGAAAUGGGAUCAUUCCUAAGUGUAGCCAAAGGAUCAGAUGAGCCACCAGUCUUUCUGGAAAUUCACUACAGAGGCAGCCCCAAUGCAAGUGACGCACCUGUGGUGUUUGUUGGGAAGGGAAUUACCUUCGAUAGUGGUGGCAUCUCCAUCAAGCCUUCUGCAAAUAUGGACCUCAUGAGGGCUGACAUGGGAGGAGCUGCCACUAUAUGCUCAGCCAUUGUAUUUGCCGCCAAGCUUGGUCUGCCCAUUAACGUCAUUGGUUUGGCCCCUCUUUGUGAAAAUAUGCCCAGCGGUAAGGCCAACAAGCCUGGGGAUGUCAUUAGAGCCAAGAACGGGAAGACCAUACAGGUGGAUAACACCGAUGCCGAGGGGAGACUCAUCCUGGCUGACGCACUCUGUUAUGCACAUACCUUUAACCCAAAGGUCAUCAUCAAUGCUGCCACCCUAACAGGUGCCAUGGACAUAGCUUUGGGCUCUGGUGCCACUGGGGUCUUUACCAAUUCAUCCUGGCUGUGGAACAAACUAUUUGAGGCCAGUGUUGAAACAGGGGACCGUGUCUGGAGGAUGCCUCUCUUUGAACAUUAUACAAGACAGGUUGUAGACUGCCAGCUUGCUGACAUUAAUAACAUUGGAAAAUACAGAUCCGCAGGAGCAUGCACAGCUGCAGCUUUCCUGAAAGAAUUUGUGAAUCAUCCGAAGUGGGCACAUUUAGACAUAGCAGGUGUGAUGACCAACAAAGAUGAGAUUUCAUAUCUGCGUAAAGGCAUGACCGGGAGGCCCACGAGGACCCUGAUAGAGUUCUUGAUUCGGUUCAGUCACGACAGUUCUUAGUUCACUCUAAAAUUCCUGCCUUCUGUCUUAAAUGAGCAGUUGAGCUUCAAAAUAUUUUGGAAUGAAUGAAAAUUUUAUAAAGGAAACAAAGGAUGGUGUUUAAAAAUGUAGAACAGAAUGAAAUUUGUAUGCCUUGAUUUAUGAAGAGAUUUGAAAAUGUAAAGUUAGUGUCUUGGUUGGCAAAGAUUUUUAAUAUAUCCUAUAUAUGAUGAUUGAAUUUUUAAAAAACUACCUAAUCAUUUUUCAGAGUAUAUAUUUUUGAGGAGCAAAACUGUAUUCAGAUUUGUGAUGCCAGGAACAUGAACAAACUAAAAGUUACUGUGACAUGGUCAGAAACAAUAAAUCCAGCUUUUUGUGCUCC